AUGGCUGCGGCGGCCGACCCCCCUCCUCCCCACUCCCCCCGCUCGGGGAGCCUCCUCAGCCGGAGGAGGCGACAACAAAGCGGCGGCGGCGGCGGCGGCGGCAGCGGCAGCGGCGGCUCCUCAACAUGGCAGCGCCGAGCGCGGCCACUUCCGGUAACCUCCGGGACGCACCACCGCCGCGGCGAGCGCGGGCGGGGGGGGAGCCCCGACCCGGCCGCCGCCGCCCCCAGCGGCCCGGACCCCUCCCGGGCGUUCCCGCGGCCGGCUCGCCGUCUCGGAGCUCAGCCAGGGCCCGCCGGCGGUGGGGUCAGGGCCCCCGCGGGGGGGCUGGGGUGGGGCGGGGGGCGGGGAUGGGGCGCGGCGUCCCCCCCCGCGGGGGUGUGUGGUGCUGCGGUCCGUGGCUCAGGCAGCUGGAACAGGGGGAGCUCAGGAGAGAAGAUGGAGGACGCCAGGGUCUGGCGCUGGCUCGCUGGGCAAGGCUGGGCCGGCUCUCGUGACUCAAACCCGAUGCCCAGUAGCAUCGCUUCCCUAUCAGACCCUCAGGGGAAGGCACAGACGGCAGCGGUCACCUGGCUCGUCAGGCCCUUUUUUGCGCAGCACAGUCCCUACCUCCAAACUGGGGGAAGCCCCUUCGACUUGGAGAGUCUCUCCACUCUGGUAUUUCAUCUCAGCGAAACCUUCCGCACUCUUGCUAGGAUACUCAUCUAACUCUGAGUGGCCUUCCAACUCAAGCAGGGAAUCCCACUGGGGUGCAGCCACAGAUCUUCCCUGGGCGGAGGGAGACACUUCCCACGCGUAGAGGUGUCAUUGCUGGGUUAUUCUUGGGUGAAGGGCUGAGCGUCCCCAUCUUCCCUUUAACUCCAGAUAUGAUGUGAAAUUCUACCAAACACCCCCUCUCCCGCCAAAAAAAAAAAAAAAAUUU